AUGGCAUCUCCUGGACCCAAUGUCGCUGCAUCACCAUCUUCAAGCUUUGUGCUUCUCGAGACGGAUACCAACAACUCUCCUGAUGCACAAACCAGUGAUUCUCCACGUAACCGACCCGGGACGUACCGCGCACCGCAAUCUCAGCAUUCCUUUCGUCGACAAUACCCACCCACUCCGACUACUCGUAGCGAUGAAGACAACACGCGAUGCGGUAGUGACGGCAAUCGCAAUCAACAUUUAGGUGUGGAAUCCAUCAGUAAUCUUUUUCCUAUGCCUGGAGCUAGUGUCUUCACAACUCCAGCCAACAUUAUGCCCACGCGUGAAGCUUCCAUCCUCAUUGAUACAGACGUGCAGCAGACCGCAGCACAUGAUGUAAAUCACAGACUUGGAUUGCAGCCAGUAGGAUCUACGCUGCGUCAAUUAUCGGCGGAGCAGAAGGUAGAAGUAGGUGGAAGCAGAAUCACUUCAUCCACUAACGUGUCUGGACGAAUUGAGACAGCUGAAGGCGACGCAAUGGGCCUUUACACGCCCAGCGAGACAAGAUCUCAUCGUAGUUUUCUAGCUGGAAUCCUUCCCAUGCAACCCGUGGAACGCGGAGCACGGUGGGCUCAGAGACUUCGAAAAUGCUGCAAAUGGCAGUGGAGACAGUUGCAUCGUUGGCGGCUACGACACAACAUUUUGUCGCUCUGGCGACGUAUGAUGCCUAAUUGGGACUCGUAUCCAUUAUAUGUGACGCUAACCAUGGCACUUGUCAGUGUUGGUCUCGCAAUACUCGUGUCUAAGAUCCUGUCGGACGCUACACCUCAUCACAUCCAUUUGGUUAUCCAAUGUGCGUUACCUGGGCGGUUUGAAAGCUAUUCAGCGUCGACGUUAUACUUGGCUGGUGUGCUCAUUCCUACCAUGAACAACACUGUAUUCCUCAUUGUAUCCCUCUGGAUGGGAUUGCUCUGUAGUCGAAGUCGGAAGCGUGUUCUACGAAGCGCACCGUGCAGCAUCAGCUCAAAUCUCAAAUCAGCUUUUAUGCUGCCAUGUUAUGAAGCAAUUUGGUAUUUUCUUGCUGCUUUAUCGGCUGCUGGCUUAAUACUUUACUUUGUCAGCUUCCAAGCAGUUACGAAUCAGAGUGGCAAGACAUAUGAACCAUUGACAGUAGACGACGAUCCAAAUUACCCGUGCAAUGUCGUAACUAUGCCGUUUGUUUGGGCAUUGCAGUUGCUGCCAAUGCUCAUGGUCCAACGAAGUGUCUCCCAAGAAGCCGUAUUACGCGCUAUUGUGUACUCGGGAGCAGUCUGUGUCGUCCUUGUGCUCUGCAAUAUGACGUUGUACAAAGUCCGCCAUGUGAUUGCCGACGCGAUCGCAAUGGUGGUCUACGUAAUGUUGCUAUUUUUUUAUUUCUGGGCUAAGUUUGUCUUCCAUGCUCGACCUACGUUUGACUUCUUCUUUGUCGCUGCUGUGCUCACGUCACUCGCAAACAUAUUAAGUGCGUUCGUGGGUCUCGCACAAAUCGACACAGUUACAUCGCCAGCUGUCCACUGUCUUGCGGUCGGAUUGGAAUCACUCACGGUUGUUGCUGUCAUGUUGUCUCUGCGUGCCGAUACUCGCUUUUGGCUCGCAAUUGACGAUAAUGGAUCAGGAUCCACCGGUUCGUCAAGUGCCAUGCGUCGCUACAUUAACUUGUUAUCGGAACGAGGCAUGAUCACAAAUUUCUCUACUCGUACAUCAGUGUACGAUGUCCACCAUAUGAUUGAGGAGCACAGACACAACGUCGUGGACUUUGCAGUCCUAGCGCUUGACUGUAUCAUUGCACAAGGUGCUACUUCCAUUGUGAUGCGUGGGACCUUACGUCGAAGCAAGCGGAUCCCAAUUGCAUUGAAAAUUUACACCGAUGUGCAGGUAACAAGUGAAGAAGUACAGCGCUUUUCACGAGAAACAGCGCUUAAUGUGCAAUUGUCGCACCCAAAUGUCGUUCGCUUUUACGGCCUUUGCGUUGUGCCACCAUCAAUAUCACUCGUCUUUGAGUUUUGCGAGUAUGGAGCGCUGGACGUGACCAUGCGUGAAACCCCUAAAAUUUGGACAUUGGCAGCCAAGCUCAAGGCGUGGCUGGAUGCAUGUCGUGCUGUUGCGUAUCUUCAUAGCUUUACGCCCCCGUUACUGCAUCGUGACAUCAAAACGGACAAUUUUUUAGUGGGGCAGGACUUUCUUAUCAAACUUGCAGAUUUUGGAGAAGCCAACUUGUUGCGACCACGGAGUGAUGGAACCAUGACGAUUGCUGGUACUGUUGACUAUAUGGCUCCAGAGAUGAUCAAGGGUGGCAAGACUGCGCGAUAUGGUACGGCUGUAGACGUCUAUAGUUUAAUGAUCACGUUGUGGCAAAUUAUGGUACCAAGUCGGAGUCCAUGGGAAGCUAAGUCGCAUCUUGAAGUCUAUCGCGCUGUAGCUCACGGUGAGAGGCCCCCACUUCUUCCGACAAUUCCGACAGCGUGUGCUGAAAUUCUUGAAGCUGGCUGGGCUGCCAAUCCAAGUGAGCGUGUUGCUGUUGAGGAUAUCAUCCCUUCUGUUCAUCGCUUGUGGCUGCUAGCAAUGCAUCAAAAACCUCUGAAGCGAACGAAAUGUGGGCGCAAGGCAAAGUUCUAA